AUGAAGGGAGAAUCCGUGGAGAUAGCAGGGUAUACCACCCUCCCGCUGCUCCUGCCAGAAACUCGCACGUUCCCCAAGUCGGCAACACAUUAUCUCUACCUGCGCCCCCACGAGCCUCGCAUCCCCGACCCGGAUUCCUCUCGAUCGCUCUUCGUUGUCAAUAUCCCCAUCGACACAACAGAAACACACCUGCGCUAUUUGUUCGGAACACAAUUAUCCGCCGGUCGCGUUGAGAGGGUGCAUUUUGAAGAUGUGCCGACGAAAAAACACUCCGGAGAAGCCGCCACGGAGGGCAACCUCUCGCACCGCAACAAGAAACGCAAGCGCAUCACGGCCGACGACCUCCAGUCCACAUUAGACAGCAUCACUUUCCCCUCCACCUGGAACCGGAAGCUCCAAAAGAGCGGCGCACACGCCAUCGUGGUCUUCGCCGACAAACCCAGCAUGGAAUCUAGCCUUAAAGCCGCGACGAAAGUAGGCAAACGGGGCCCUAAGAUCAUCUGGGGCGAUGGAAUCCCAGAGGACCGCAUCCCCGAGCUCGGAUCGCACCGGUAUUCGAGUCACGAGCGCAUGCGGUACCCCGAUCGCGCGACGCUGCUGCGCACAGUGAAUGAGUACAUGACCGCAUUCGCAGAGGUCUCUGAGGCGCGGAAGCGCGAGGAAAUGAAGAAGACCCAGGAGCCUGACGAGGACGGAUUUGUUACUGUCACGCAUGGACCGAAGUUGAACUCUGUUGCCCGUGAGGAUGAGGUCAAGGAGUUGAUUGAGAAGCAGAAAAAGAAGAAUGCGGGUCUGGAGGACUUUUAUCGGUUCCAGUCUCGGGAGAAGAGGAAGGCAAGACAGAAUGAGUUGCUUCGGCGGUUUGACGAGGAUAAGAGAAAGUUGCGGGAUAUCAAGGACCGGAGGGGAAAGAUUAGACCUGAGUGA